UGGUAUAUAUUAUUAACAAAUGAGUAACACAACUAUACAUUGGGCCAAAAAAAGUGUCAUGCCGAUGACUGAGCUAGAUGAAUCCGAUUAUACAUACAGCCAAUAAAUAUUGAGCAAUGUAAAAAAUUGCAAGUUCACUCAUUAAAAAGUUAAUAGAGGUUUGUAUAUUUCACCUUAGGUGCACAUCAAGUGUGAGAGACAGCGUGUAAAAAAACAAAAACAAAAAAAUCUAGGAAAUCACAUUGUAUGUUUUUCAAACAUUUUAUUUGUGAAAAUGGGUGGUCAAUAGAUAUCGGGCAGGCAGAAAAAGUUACUUUUAGUAAUUUGUAAUGUAGCCUUAGUUGGCAAUCACAUCUUUCUCGAGCUGGUUAAAAAGAUUUUUGUUGCAAAAUGGGUCACGAAAAUUGAGACAUAACAUCAGGUCAUGCUUAUUACUUUUUAAAAUAUGCCUGUGAUAAAACAAAAUGUUUAAGAACUACAAGGAAGGCACAUGAACAAAGUCAUAUCCCCCCCAAAACAUGUUUUAUUUGAUAAGAACAUUGAACGGGGAAGUUAGUUAUGGAAGAACUUUUAACUGAUUUAACUCCUUACCUGCCAUUGCGAACAAUAGAUGUCCAAAUCAUUAAACUGGGGAGGCUGUGAAGUCUAUUUUUUAAAAGUCAUGCUAGCUAGCUUCCAACCUUCCCAGUCAAAAUGGAUUGGACAUUUAGUGCUGUCUGUGGCUGAUAAUAAGUUAAUGAUGAGUUAGGAAGUGUGGCUGAGACUUAAGUCGGUCUCGAGCGUGAGACUAAAAGACAUCAACAGUAAGAAACAUUACCAUACGUCAAAUGCGGCCGUUCUGGCCUUGAACAACUGCAUUGACAUCACUGGAGGGUGAUGGAGUUUAUUGUCCUUUGUUUUCAGAGCUCAGUACCAGCACCUGCCAAUAGAUGUCUGUCUUCAGUCUUGAGAAGGCACUGAGAAAAUGUGACUACAUGAGCAGGGGGAGAGUGAACAAUAUUCCGAGUUGAACGCCUUGAUCAAAUACAACAACUCACCACCAUCACGCGUGAAAUAAACCAACUUACUGGGAAAUUAAAGCUAUCAUUUAUCGAUAAAUGGGUCAGGAAAAUCAUUUUAGGAUAUUGUACAAAACAAUUAAAAAAUAGAAAAGCAAGCUAUUUUCAUCCUUCUGUUGUUAAUUGAAUUGAGUUUAUCAUUAGUAGACGUCCAAUCUGUUUGAACUGGGAGGGUGGCAGCGAUUGAACAUUCUUAGCAAAAUCUGAUUCAAUAUGUAUACGCAUUUGCGAUAGGUUGACACGAGGGAUGUGAAAAUUAAUUGAUGCUGAUCAAUGUAUCAAUUAGAUGAGCACAAUUUAAUGUAAUUUGAUCAAAAAUGCAUAAUUAUUAUAAAUUAAAUGUGCCGUAUUUUUCUCAUUAAAGAAAAAUCUGACAAUUCAUUAACAAAAUUGUCAAACACAUAAAAAAUGAUUUGUGUUAUUUGUUUCGCUAAAUUGGAACGGAUUGUGUUAAACGUGUUCAGAAUUUUUUAUAUUAAAGCAAUCGAAGGUCGUUGAAUAGAAUCGUCACAGAAUAUUGUAUCAUUGUCCAAUGAGUCAGCAUUGUAUUAUACCAUCAUGAAAUAUCUGCCACCUGUCAAAAAGCUCACCACUCUAAAUGUUUUUGUCACCCGCCCCUGUUCGUAUGUAUCUGAUCUCAAUAAAAUAUUCCAGAAUUAGAUAACUGUUUGUCAAUAAAUAAAUAAAUAAACCUUGACUGCCACAAUGUUAGAGAUAAUACAAGGGUUGUAUUUAAACAUAUUGUUCAUCCUUUAUAAAGGUAUUUAAAAUCAGUUUUAAGUCUAACUCUCAGAUAUACACCAAAAGCAACAAUAUGUUAAAUUACAUCAAACAAUUGGAUUUAUCUUUUGAUGUAAAUACUGCUAGUACUUUAACCAUAAGGAAAAUUGUGUUUCAAAACAUUUAUAUCGGUACAAUUUGUGUCACAAUUUGUCACUUUUGUGUUUUUAACUCCAUUAAAAGUCACUUCCAUCGUAUAUUUAGGGAGGGUGUCUGAGCAUAACGCGACAGUACUUGUUAACACUAAUGCUAAUCCAUGUCUUGGGAGAAUCGGUUUUCUGACGAAUGGGUAUCCAGGUCGAAUUGAUAUCCAAAGCUCUAAUGAGCGUGCGCACGACAACCACGCCCCUCCAGGGGUGAUCACAUGUCAAAUGUCCUUAGAGUUCAUGUACCAUUUUAACACGACAUCGUUGCUGCAGUAGUUGCUGGAAGUAAUAUAUAAUUUUAAAUAUAUCCAUUUAAUCUUGCCUUUUGACCACUAAACUUUGUAAACAAUUACGUAUAUGCAUGAAAUACUACAAUCGAAUAUUGAUGAUAUAGCAUAUAGGACGUGAACGUUGUCUAAUAAGCAGUAAACAUAUGGGUCGUCUCGGUUUUAAUAGUUUAUUGUUCAAGAUAGAAUAUUGACAUUAUAGCGGGAGUAUCUAAAUAUUUAAUUUAAAAAAUAUGUAUAAUACAGUAUAUUUAAAUAGACAUGUCAAAACGUAAAGUAGAUUUGUUCAAUACUAAGCUGCUAGCAACAACGGGGAGGUGACUUCGAUGAAGGAGCACUCAUCGACAGAAGACCGGCACUGAAUUUGAUUAUGCAGAAAUGUGAACAUUGUUUUUUUUCUUUUUGUUUUUUCUUAAUUUAAACUGAAAUGCUUACAAACAUCUGCUUCAGAUGCAGACUAGUUACAUCAUCAUUACAAAACAAUGACAAUGACAGUACUCAAAACAUUAACAUACACAGUUUAACAUGUAAAAAGAUAUGGAUAUUUCUAACCACAGGCUUCAGGGGAAAAAAAAUCACAUAUUCUGAUUAGUUUACUACUUUUUAAAAAAAAAAUGCUAAUUAGUCUUAUUCAUUUUAGUGUAUAAUCAAUUUCUGAUUGAAAAAAUGCAAAUACAGGUUUCGUAGAGAACUUUUGUUUGUGAAUACAAAAAAAAACAAAAAACUUUGCAUCCAAAAAAAAAAAAAAAACUUUGCCCCAAAAUAAUGUGAACGAUCUGGCAAGCGAAUUCAGUACAUGUCACAUUCAAUACAAUUGGGUAGCUUUUUUUCCAUACUGCACCUAAACGCCGCACAGCAAGAGUUGGGCGAGAAGUACCGUGACGUCACGGCGCGGGGGCGUGUCCUUUGAUGAAAUCAGCUGGGGAAACAACAACAGAAAAGGAGGUGGCUCAGACUAGAAUCGAGUGUCUGGAUCACUAAUGUGCACAUUUCAAGCUAUAAAAGUGUUCUUUUGCGCUCCAAAGACGUUUAUUGUCACAAGUGGAGGAUAUUAACAGAACCGAGCCUGCUGAAGCUUUGAGAAGGCGGCCGCGAGAAGCAGGAAAAAGGGGGGUGUGAGAGGGCAUAGGUCCUUUUUUUGCAGAUAGAUAUACAUGCUCUUUGUUUGGAGUGGAGCUCAACACGACAACCAACUGUUCUCCCUACGUGUCCUUGCCCGGUUUGCGAGACCGGCACACCAGCAGAGUGGCAUGUGGGUCAAUUCCGGAAGCGUCGGAAGGGCCCUCUCCAUGGAUAUAGACACAGACUAUGAGCGGCCCAAUGUGGAAACCAUUAAAUGUGUGGUGGUAGGGGACAAUGCAGUUGGCAAGACCAGACUUAUAUGUGCCCGGGCUUGCAAUGCCACCCUCACACAGUAUCAGCUGCUUGCCACCCACGUGCCAACCGUUUGGGCCAUCGACCAGUAUCGUGUAUGCCAGGAGGUGUUGGAACGGUCUCGCGAUGUUGUGGACGAGGUCAGCGUGUCCCUCAGGCUCUGGGACACAUUUGGGGACCAUCAUAAGGACAGGCGAUUCGCCUAUGGCAGGUCGGAUGUAGUGGUGCUUUGCUUCUCUCUGGCUAAUCCCAAUUCCCUCCGCCACGUCCGCACCAUGUGGUUUCCGGAGAUCAAGCACUUCUGUCCACGGACUCCCAUCAUUCUGGUCGGCUGCCAGCUGGAUCUCCGCUACGCUGACCUGGAUGCAGUUAAUCGUGCCCGUCGACCCCUUGCCAAACCCAUCAAACCAACAGAUAUCCUCCCUCCUGAGAGGGGCCAUGAGGUGGCAAAGGAGCUCGGGAUACCAUACUACGAGACCAGCAUCGUCGCACAGUUUGGUGUCAAAGAUGUUUUUGACAACGCCAUCCGAGCUGCCCUCAUCUCCCGCCGUCACUUGCAGUUCUGGAAGUCCCACCUGAAAAAGGUCCAGAGGCCACUUCUCCAGGCACCCUUCCUGCCUCCUCGCCCACCACGCCCCAUAGUUGGCAUCCCUGACCCCCCUCCCACAGACGGCGAAGGCCCCGACUCACUUUUCUGUCACCCACACUGCGCAGAUGUCGUUUUUCUUCUGCAGGGUGGCGAAACGCGUGUUUUUGCGCAUAAGGUUUAUUUAGCCACAUCCUGCUCUAAGUUCUAUGACCUCUUCACUCUUGAACUUGGUUCAUCAUGCAUCGGGCCGCAGGAAGAGCAGGACAAAAACAAGGAAAGCUCAGACAGUGGAGAGGAAGACGAGCUAAGCAGAAGAGGAGCCAAGGAGCAAGCCGGACGCACUAAGAGCCUGGAUAUCGAUAAAGACGGGGUCGAAGGAGCCGUGCGGGGCUUGAAUCGACCUCCGCUGCUCCAGCGUGGCUCGUUACGGACUUCCCAGAGUGAUAAUGCACUUCCCUCCCGAGCUCAGUACUCCCUGGGAACUCCCGUGAGUGGACGGGCACUUUCUGGAUGGGGAAGAGGGUUCUUGACUGUCUGCCUGGAGCACGUUGAUGACCCCAUGACUGGACGGCCACGACUUAUGACUGUGGUAGUCAUGGAUGCACUCAUACAAGAGGAACCAUUCAAGGCUGUGUUGCAGUACUUGUACACUGGCAACCUGGACGAAGGCAGAGGAGAUCUGAUGCAGGUGGCCACCAUCGCUGAGCUCCUGGAAGUAUUCGACCUGCGGAUGAUGGUGGCCAAUGUUCUGAACAGGGAGAGUUUCAUGAACCAGGAGAUCACCAAGGCCUUCCAUGUCCGCAGAGCCAACCGCAUCAAGGAGUGUCUCAACAAAGGCACCUUUGCUGAUGUUGUGUUCCGGCUGGACGAUGGCUACCUUCCGGCGCACAAGCCUCUUCUCAUCUCCAGCUGCGACUGGAUGGCGGCCAUGUUCCGUGGCUCUUUUAUGGAAAGCUACAUUGAGGAGGUUCCCAUCCCUUCCACGAGUACAGCAUGCAUGCGAGGUGUGCUGGAGUUCCUCUACUGUGCCAUGCUGACACCUUGUCCCGACCUGGAGUCGAUUGAACUCAUAAUGGUGGCCAACCGACUUUGUUUACCACGCCUUGUUGCGCUCACUGAGCAGCACGCUGUCGAUGAGCUCCUGCAGUUGGCAGUGAAAGGAGUUGACAUUGAUGGGCAUGUCUUGGCCUACUUGGAGCUUGCACAGUUCCACAACGCCAAGCAGCUAUCAGCCUGGUGUCUCCAUCACAUCUGCACUAACUAUAACAGCAUCUGCCGCAAGUUUCCCAAAGACAUGAAGGCCAUGUCUUCAGAGAACCAGAGGCACUUUGAGAAGCAGCGCUGGCCUCCCGUAUGGUUCCUGAAAGAGGAGGAUCGCUAUUUGCGUUCGCAGAAAGAGCGCGAACACGAAGAGGAGAUCUUGCGCAAGCAGCACACCAAGAGAGGCUGGUGCUUCUGGAGACAACCGUCCUCCUCGCCGCACGUCUCCUAGGCGUCCCGCUUGGAGCCGAAUUUUUCUCUCUCUCCAUGUAGGCCCACUCAAUGUUAAGAGGGAAUGUACUGUAUUGUGCCUGGUUUUAAGUGCAAUCGCGCCUAGGCAAUGAAGUACUUCCCUGAGGCCAUGAGGGCCAUGGGGGGCCUCCCCUACCCAAACUUCCCGUCCAUUGAGUGAUCGGACUGGGAGUAAGGGCUGUCAAUCUCUCCUGGUCUUCACUUUUGUUUUUUUUGUUAGACUCGGAAGUGUCAAGCGGGGUUUCACUUCUGCCUUCACUUCCACACAGACUGUUAGCACCUGUCUACAACCAGCACUGGGUAUCCAGGAAAUGACACCAUGUAACUGUAAGUAUUUUGAUAAAAGUUUUUUGUAAAUCCCUUCACCUUUUUACAUCCGAGGAAGUGUCCGUGAUUGUUUUGACUGUUACACCGGAGCACAUCUUUGAAUAGGAGACAUCUAGUCUGUCUCCAACCCCCCCCAAAAAGCUAAAAAGCUCACCUCGCCAAACUGCACUUCGGAAACUUUCCAAGCGACCACUCGAAAGCAUUGAUAGGGAUACAGAGCCUUACUUGACGCCUCUUCACGGAGGAAUGACAACUACAGUGUUAAACAAAAAGUAUCUGUAAUGCCCAUCACCACCACUAGGCUGCAUGGAAGCGCCUCAGCAAGCCUGCCUUUACACCACUGCACCACUGGGGGCAGCACUGCUCAGGAUCCCGCCACUACAGUAUACACGCUAACACUUUUUCUGCCUGUGACUUGUACGUUUCUUGUCUCUAGUAUUUUCAAAGGAGUAUUAGGGCCACAUUGAACAAGUACACUGUAAAAAAAAAAAAGUUGGGCUAAGCUUAAAAAAAAUCAGUUCAACCAAUUUCACUUGAAUAUUCUAAUUUUUGUAAAUUGGACUUCAUUCAAAGUUCAUUUAUAUUUGCGUUACAUGUAAUGCAGAAGCUACCAUCUAUAUUAUUCCUUUUUUUUCCAAUGGUGUUUCUUCCCAGCCAAAAAACUUUUCGACUACCGACACCAUUUAUACACCAAAACGACCACCAAACGACGGUCCCUUUCGUUUGACACCCCAAAAAUGACCACAUUUUUUGGGGGGUAAAAACUGUAAUUUGAAAAAAAAGGUGUCCAAAUCAUACACAAAAAAAUUCAGGACACUAAGGAGCACAAAAGUUCUGUACAGUUUUUGCUAAAAACGUACGGUUCGGGCCAAAUUUGCCCCAAAAAAUACCCAUUCAUUUUUAACGAGCCAAGUUUCCCCAUCAUUUCCAAUAGCUCUAUUCGUCAUUCAUUUCAAUACCACGAAAACUGCCAUUCACUCCUAUUGAUUUCAAACCCAAAUGACCCAAAAUCAUCAGGAAGUGACCCCAAAAUGCCCCCUAAUCAACAGGAAUCACCCAAUAUGAACAGGAAGUGAAUCAGAAAUGUCCCCAAAUUAAUAGGAAGUGACACUGAAAUGCCCCAAAAUCAACGGGAAGUGACCAAUAUGAACCAGAAGAAACCCUGAAAUGCCCCAAAAUCAACAAGUGACCCGGUAGCUACAGGAAGUGACCCUGGAAGUACUCAAAAUCAACAGGAAAUAACUCUAAAAUGCAUUAAAAUCAACAGGAAGUGACCCAAAAUGAACAGGAAGCGACACUGAAAUGCCCCAAAAUCGAUAAAAAGUGACCUGAUAGCUGCAGGAAGUGACCUUGGAAUGCUUCAAAACCAACAAAACGUGACCCUGAAAUCCCUUAAAAUCAACAGGAAGUGACCCAAUAUGAACAGGGAGUGACUCUGAAAUGCUUCCAAAUCAAAAGGAAGUGAUACUGAAAUGCCCCCAAACUAACAGGAAGUGAUCUGAUAGCUACAGGAAGUCUGAGACUCCUCAAAAUCAACAGGAAGUGCCAACCAUCACAGUGAAGCUACCAUCACAAUUUCUUCUAUUUUCUUCUCUAUUUUCUCUCGUUCCUAUUUUUGUCACUAACUCCAUUUAUGUCCACUGCACGUCUUUUACAUCCAUUUAAAAGUAACAUGAUUUGCCGGAUGACACUUAACGACACCUGUCAUGUGCAUUUGUCAAUGCUCAUGACCGUGUCAUGUCAUAAUUAUGACUGUCUAAUAAAGUGUUACCAAUGUAUUACUUCAUUCCCCUCUUAGGUAUUACCACUAUUUUAGUUAUUGUUUUCAUCAUGGCCCGAGUACUCCUUUGUAGCUAUGUAAUGUGAGGAGUGUUCAAAGGAGCACAUGCAACAUAAUAUGGAGUGCAUUUAUGAACUUUGUUCACCUCACUUGGAAUACCAAAGCUGUGAUUCUCUUUCUUCCUCACUUUUCAUCAUUUUUUGCUUCCCUUGCUGCAAAGAGGGUGCUGCGACAGUCGAGCGCUUUGGAGUACAAGGCACGUGAUGGCGUUUGGAAAAAUAUUCACUUUGCCUUCCGAAUCCAAAAUGGUGCUGAAGUCACAUGUAUAAACUAGUUUUCAGUUUCCAGUGUUUUUUUUUUUUUUUUGCAAUGAAAGGUGCAGAAAUCUGUUAAGGAGACCUUUUAGUUCAACGUGUAUGGAAAUAUAAUAUUGAUUUUUUUUUUAGAAUGGGUAGCGUUCCGAUUCGACGCAGCAAAUUGGAAGAUUUGAUUUGUUGGGCUUUCCUGGUAGACUUGCUCAUUUUUUCCCUUGAGAUUUGAAGGUUUGGCGAUACGAUGGUGACCCAAAGAGCUGUGAAUUUAACUGAUUCUGAUGGCUACUAUUUGUCUUAUUAAUUAUUGAUACGGCCCGAUUAGCCUCUUCUCUCAGUCCAUGUGCCUUACAGCAGACAAAACAAGUCAUCAUUUUUGGGUGCAGGUCAGCCCACGCUAGAAACAGAACUUGUUUUUUCCAAGUAGACUUUGACUUUGAAUUAAUCUUUUAUGUGAUGUGUCCAUAUGGCCUCAGAUUAUUGUUUUUAUGUGGAUUAUUUGGGUGGAGAAAGACUCGCACCUUGCACAGAAGGCCAUGCUUAGAGGGAAAAAAAGGUUGAAUACUGUAUAAGUAGAUUUAAAAAACGAACUCUUAACUGUUUCACAACCAUAGACGGCGAUAGACGUCCAAUCCCAGUCAAAAUGGAUUGGAUGCCUAUUAGGGGUGUGAAAAGGUGAUAUGUUGCGAUAACUUUUUCUGCUUGAACAUUCUGAUUGUGAGCCAAAUGUGAGCUUUCACUGAACUGGUAUUAUAUUACUGAAUUUACUCACAAAGGAAGGACAGAUUAAUCACGCCAUUUCCCGGCUGUGAAACAAUGACCACACAGUGAAAAUAUGGAGCAUCGAUGCAAAUUUCACUAUUUCCCAUUAGGUUUGCGACAAUAUAUCGAAAAUGUGAUAUAUCGCCCAAAAGGUUAUCGAUAUGCCCCCGCCAAGAAUCAAUAUAUCUUUUAAGGCCGGGGUCUGCAACCCUGGUCCUAAAGAGCUGCUACCCAGCUUGUUUUCCAUGUCUCCCUCGUUUAACACACCUGAAAAAAAUGAUCAGCUCAUCAGCAAGCUCUGCAGGAGCCUUAUAACGAUCCUGAUUAUUUGAUUCAGGUGUGUUAAAGGAGGGACACAUGGAAAGCAAGCUGGAGAGCAGCUCCCGAGGACCAGGGUUGCAGACCCCUGAUUUAUGUUAGCCUGGUACUCCAGACUCACCGCUGCUUGAGUCUGGCCACCAUUAAGCGGAUAAAAUUUCCAGGGCAGAGCAAGCCACAGCAAACAGACAGCGGAGUUGACCAAUCUGCGACGGGCGGAUGUGACGUUAGAAACGCGACCAGGGACUUGCGCGCAGAAGUAAACAUACAAGGACAGCGGAGUUUAUGGCUAGCGCGAGACAGACUGUUGUCAAUGACUUGUGUCGAUGUGUUUUUGGUAAUUUAAAACUGAUUUUACCGUGGAUUGGAACAUCUUCUCGGCUCUCCUGUUCGCCAUCUGUGUUGUUGUGGAAACGACUUCCGAUGCGGAAGAGUGAGGUUGUUCGUUAAGAACACGUCACGCAAAUAAACAAAUCUGAUUUGACGAUUGAUUUUGUACUUGCUCGAGAGGGCGUUAAUGGGCUGGAUCCCAGACUAUUCUCUCAGUGUUUGAAAAAUACAGGGAGAACAGUCUGGCCUUGCCAGACAAGAUUUAUGGUGUCACUGUUUUUCCAAUUUUCCAUUAGAAUACGUUAGCUCACUGGCUGCUAUAGACGGCGCUAGACAUCCAAUUAAUUCUGACUGGACUAGACGUCUAGACGUCUUUAAUGGGCAUUUACAGGUCACUUCCUGUUCAUUUUAGGGCAUUUGCAGGUUGAUUUUGAGUCACUUCCUAUUCAUUUGGGGACAUUCUCAAGUCACUUUUCAAUAACGCAAAAUCAACAGGAAUUGUCCCAUAAAUGCCCCAAAAGCAGUGUUGUUUUUGGCAGCCAUUUUAAUUUUCGUCUUAGUCUUUUGGACGAAAAUACUUUUAGUCUGAGUGAUAUUUUAGUCAUUUGUCUUCGUCUAGUUUUAGUCAACCAAAACACAGACAAAUUUCGUCUAGUUUUAGUCGACAAUUCUCCAAAUGUUUUUUUCUAUAAUCUUCAAAAGUUUUAGUCAAUGAAUAGAUGAACAAAUAAAAGGUUUCCAACAAUAUUGAAUGAACAUGACAAGCGAGCACAUAACUGUCUACAAGGACAUUACCAUUUUCAUGAUGAUAAUACACAGCAGGAAAACAGCACAUUAUUUGCAAUAACAUAUUGGCCUUUGCAAGGAAAAGCCCCAGAUAUUUAAUUAAACUCACCGGGGCACUGUAUGUAAAAUGUUUUCCAAGAGUUUAAGAAGAUACCAAUUCACCGUGCUAAAUGCUAAUGCGAACGCUAUGCUAACGCCACAACUUAGUUUAGUGUGUGAUGAUCACUCAGCACACACCUUUAAAGGCUAAAGCAACAUUGAAUAUCCAAGAUAAGAAAACAACUUACCAAGCACCAGCUGAUGUGUUUCAUAAAACGAGCCUGGAAUGUGGAGGAGGGAGGAGAGCGCAGCACGUCACAUGGGUGACAUGACCAAACGCUGCUAAAUGCGUUCUUACUACACAUACAAUUAGAAAUAUAAAACAUUGUAAAUUUGACAGAACUUGGUGAAUUUUCAUCUCGUUUUCGUGCCUUCAGACGAAAACUAGCAUCCAUCUCCUUAUGUUUUAGUCUCCCAAGACACGUUUCCAGCGCGUCAUCGUCAUGAAAAAAUUGUUCGUUGACGAAAUAUUUUUGUUAUCGUCAUCGUUGACAAAAACAACACUGCCCAAAAGGAAAAGGAAGUGACCAAAAAUCAACUGGAAAUUACAUGAAAUGCCUCAGUAACGCAAAAUCAAUAGGAAGUGACCCGUAAAUGCGCCAACAUCACAUUUUGGGUCAUGUAAAUAUUGUGGCCUAGAUGACCCAAAAUUGACCCCCAAUCUGUUUGAAAUGGGAGGGUGGCGCCACCCUCCCAGUUCAAACGGAUUGCACUUCUAAUAAUGAUAAACUAAUUCCAGUUCACAGCAAAAGGAUAAAAAUAGCUUGUUUUCGGUUUACGACACCCCUAAUGCCUAUCGCCGUCAGUGGCAGACAGUGAGUUAAGACUUUUCUGUGCUUAGCUUGACUUUGAUUGUAGCACUUUUUUUCACUUUUUAUUAUUUGAAGUUCUUUUUUUUUUUUACAGAUCUCACAAUACUAAGACUAAUAUGCAGGGACAUUUUUAAAAAUGCUUCAAAAACUUGGCUACUAUCAGGCUUUGUAUUGUAUUAAUGAUAUAAUCUUGGAAUUUUCUACAGUUAUUAAUACAGGGUGUUACUGUUUUUCAAAGGAACACUGCAGGUGAUUUAUGCUUAAAUACGAUUUUAGAUGGAUUGUUUUUACUAAAUUUGAUGAAAAUUACACACUCCUUUUAUAAAUUUUUAAUUGAGUUGCAUGCAAUCUUUAUUGUAAGUACAAUGGAGCAUAUUUGUUUCAGGGGGUCUAAUGUCACUCAGUUAUGCACAUAAAUUGGAUGAUAAUAAGAGGUGCACAGAUUGCAUUUUUUUUUUUUUAAAUGCCUGACCUGCUGAUCGGGAUUUUUUCUAAAGCAAAGCGUAUAACUGACUAUGGCAGUCAAUCUUGUUUUAUUGUAAAACACUGAACAUUGGGAAACAAGACUGUAGUAAUAGUAGUUUAAAAAGAACCAUUGAAAAGUUCAAAACUUUCUUUCCAAACUAUUAAAUUCUGAUUUCCUUGACCCAAAAUUAAAAUGCUAUGGGAACGGCAAGGACUGUGAUUGGUCAACACAAAACGUCAUUUCCGCAAUUGCGGUUUCAGGUCAACAGAUACCAGCAACAAUCCCACCAUUUUUCAAAUUGUUUUUGUAACGAAAAAGAAAUGGACACGGUAAAGGUAAUAAUUGUCAAUGAAGUAAAGAAAUAUAACCAUCUUGCUCCGUCUUUGACAUUAAAGAAACCAAGGAGUGCUAUGUGAAGCCCCGCGAAAGCCAAUGAAACCACACGAUGUUGAGGAUACACCCCUCUAGUGACUGGGAGGUGCACUAUAGCGUAAUGCGUCACUUUUACGCAGAGCUUCAAAUGCUCACCAUCGGCCCAAAGCAGAAGCAUAGACCAUGCAUUAUUUUUUUUUAAACCACCUUUUACUGCAGGAACAGUUUGAAUGUGAGCAAAUGUGAGCUUUUAAUGAACAGGUAUUAUCUGAUUGAAUUCACUCACAAAAGAAAGAGUAAUUAGACCAUCUAGUGGCCAUGUAGUGGCCCACAUGCGCAGAUGUAGAAAAAUGUCACCAGAAAGAAGCGACAACAUAUGCUAGCAUAAUAAACAUGGCGGUCUGUGGCAUCGGUGUCCAUGGAUUUAUGUUGAAACUCUUGAGCUAUGGAAGUAGCGGAAAGCUUGCACAUGCUUACAAAUUAACGUCAUCGGCGGUUGCCCGAAUUUAGAUUUGGGACACUUAGAGUUCAGACCGCAGCCACAUUCUGGGAAAAUGUGGCCCAGAUUAGAUUUAAAACCACAAAUGGAAGUGACCUAGAUCGAAUUUUGAAACUGUCCACUUCUAUGCGACUUGUCCCGUUCAGACCAUCAAGUUCAGACCUCGAGUCGGAAAAAGACGAAAAAAAAAAUCGGAUUUGUACAUUAAGACCUGCAAUAUGAACCUAGCCUACGUCUUUUAUUUUAGUCGUAAUACUUUUUACUGCUGGAACAGUUUGACUGUGAGCUGUUAUUGAACAAGUAUUAUCCAACUCACUCACAAAGGAAAGACGGAGCAAUGAGGCCAUCUAGCUGGCGCAAAAUGCUACAUGGAACACCAAUAAAAUUCUUUUUCCUUCCCACAUAAACAUAGCAGCAGACAUUAAAAUCAGAAACAUUACUAAUCCGAGUUGGGAUUUAUGUACACCGCCCUCUAGUGGUGGCCGCCCAUACUGAGGUGUUUACACACCUCACAGUCAAUGUAAACAGUACCAUUAGCUGCUGCUGGUAGUGUGAAUACACCUCAGCAAUCGCGGACGGGGUACUUCCAGUCAUUUUGCUUGAAUUAGUCAAUAUUGGGGUGGCUAAUGUAUAAAAAUACCCAACAAGUGCACUUAUAAACUCAUAUUAAUGACCACAAUUGUCCACGACCAAAUGCUAGCGUUCCAUUGUGGCUAAUUGACUCAAGAUGCAAUCGGUGGACAGGAUCGGUUAUACUGUAUUUUUAGUGAUCGACUGAUCACCCAAAAUUUAUUAAAUCGGUCCCGAUCGGUCGGCCAAUCAGUGCACCUUUAGUGAUAAUCCUGAAUUGCAGGAAGAAAAUAUUGUGCAUGCUAGUCAGCCAUUAAUACAUUGUGAGCUGUCACAGGCCAAAGUUCUACUGUACAUUGAUGUCCGUUUUAGUCCUCAUAAUAUACUCUUUACCGUCACAUCGCAAUCCGAAAGCAAACACGUUGUUGUGUGUCUCCCAUCAUGUGCCUUCAGUGAAACGUUCACACUUGUAGCCCUGUACAAGCUGGCUGACCACUAAAUCCCAUGCUCCAAUUCAAGUUAAUGAAGCCAAAAAGUUGACACAUGCAGAAUUAAUGUUAGGGAGGGCAGCUUUAUUUUUUGUUAAAGCACUAGUUUAUUGUUGUUUUGUAUUAUCUGCUCAAGUUACGCAGUUGUGAAACACCAGCAGUUCUCUGCACUCUUUUAUUAGGUGCCUGCACUUUCUAUUAUGUAGCCUAUAAUGAAACCUUUUGUGAUCAAUACGCUGAAGUCUUUAUAUUACAUGCAUUCUCCAAUUAAGGACUGUUUUUACUUUGUCAUCAUGACUCCACAUUCAGUAUUAAACAACUAUUUAGAUGCAGUGUGAAUAAUUAUACCAUUAAAUGCAAAUUUUCGCUGUGACUUGUA